UCGUUCACAGUGUGCACAUGCGAUCAUGCUAGUCCUGUUCACGCUUGAUUUCGCUGGUGUGCAGAAAGCAAAAUGGCUAGCGUGAACGCGAGGGCGAAGAAGAGGAAAAGGGGAGCUUAAAGGACAAUUUCAGGCUUCCUAUUUAACAUAAAACCCCAGGAGCUGUGAGAGGCCUUAGAGAAAAAGGUCAGGCUGACACAGCCCGCAAGGAUUGUGAGUUCAGAGGAGAGCUAAAACUUCUGCACGAAAAGAAAAAAGCAGAGAUUGAGGAUAGCAGCCCCUGAGGAAACAAUCAGAGGAUCUCUGAAGGUUCCAGACUCUAACGCUUUGAAACGGGGUUAGUUGCUCGGCUCUUCCUCACAUCUCAGAAUAGCCAUGGUCUUUCUGCUCAUCUCCCUAAUCGUGCUGCACCUGGUCUCCUUGGCCAUGCUCCUCAUUGCCACCCUGGAGAAGUCCUGGUGGGUUUGGACCGAAUCAGAAAUCACCGACCUCUGGUACAACUGCCUUUAUGAUAAUGCCACAGAAACGUGGGUGUGUGCUACUACUGAUGAAAGCGACUGGCUGCAGUCUGUCCAGGCCCUCAUGGUCCUCUCUGUGGUCUUCUCCUCACUCUCCUUCCUGGUUUUUCUGGGUCAGCUGUUCACCGUUUCCAGGGGAGGCCUCUUCUACUUCACAGGCCUUUGUCAGGCCUUUGCAGGUUUCACAGACUUUGCCGCUUGCCUCAUCUUCACCUUCCACAGAAAGGAGAUUUUAAAUGACCCCAGAGACUUGAGCAAAGGACAAUUUGGCUACUGUUUCAUCCUGGCGUGGGUGUGUGUCCCCCUGCUUGUCAUAAGUGGAGUGCUAUACGUCCACCUGCGCAAGAAGCAGUGAGGCGGGAGGAAGCAGUAAUGAAGGCAUCUUAUUUGGAGUGUGAUGCCCCUUAUAUCUCUCUCGCCAUCUGCUUUCCAACAGUAAGCACACAUGAGGAAAUAAGAUGACUGAGAAUGAUGCGCUUCUUUAAAUGACGCUGCUCUGUUUUCUUACCCCUGCUUAACUAUGUGGUAUGUUGGACUUCGAGGAAACAAAUUGGUUUUUGACGUAGAAACACAAGGAAAUAAAUGCAUGAAUUGUUGGGUUUAUUCUUUUAUUUUUAAUAUUUUGUAUGCAGCCACUUAUUAAAAAGAAAACACACUCAGUGUUGUCACUUGUGAAGCUGUGCUAAAGAGCAUUCCUGCAUUUAAAGGGUUAAAGUUGUGCAAGCCGUCUUUUGUUUCUAAGUAAGUGCUUUGCAUGUAAUUCAGAAAAGGUGACAUAAUGUUUGAACGCUCACCAAUGUGUGGCAUUCACUGUUUAUCUUGCUGAAGAAAUCUCAGCCAACUUUCUACAGAACAGAAGAGGAACAUCUCAAAAAUUCAAUGAUAAUCCUUCUCGGUGCUAUCAUGUUUCACAAACACAAACAACUUUGUAAAAGUACUUCCAAAGAAAUAAAAAUGAAACUGCUUGGAUUGCACCAGACGCCGUUUGAUGCGGCUUCAGAUACAGUUUUACACACUGCCGAUAAACUUACCCAUCAGGCUGAACCGGUCCAGAAAGAAAACUGUGAGGCGUAGAGCAGCCUCUCAAAUAAAGAAUGCAUGGCACUAUAAUCCAUCACACGCCUCACACACGUAGAUGCAUAUUGUUUAGGAUCUGUAACGAGCAACACGAGUCUAUGUAUAAUCCAGCGUAUGACAGGGAGAUAAAGAAAAGUCUUGAGUGAGCAUCUGUGCACCAAAGCAAUCUGUCAGCUGCACAGAAUGUCUGGAAUCUGAGAAUUAUGUCAGCAACAAGGAGUGGAAGGGUUAAUUUAAAUUAGAUGACAUGUAGGGGAGGUGACGCAUGAAGAACCACAGCUUAGGCACGAUACUUGAAUCUAAGAGCCUGAACUAUCCAGGAGGUGAGUGUCACAGCGCGUUAAUUUAUUUUU